AUGACUUUCUUGAAUUUGGGAAGAUUGUUGCCUCCAAGAAAAGUAUGGAAGGUGCUCACCAGCAAAUUUCAACUCAGAUUGCACAAAUCCAAAGCGAUCAAGAAACAAAAAACCCGACCCCGAAAAGCUUCGAAGAAACUUUCAUGGCUAAAACCAACCUUUUCUAUUCAACGUAAGAAAUUCAAACGCAAAAAACCUGCUACUUUAGGUUAUCAAUGUCACAGCCUGUGUCAUCUACAACAAAUAACAACUCCUGUGUACGUUGAUAAGUUGUUUAUAGAACCGGUAUCUGUAUUCAAAGAGCAAGAAGUGGACGAAUCAAGCGAAAAUAAGGAGAAAUGUUCAUCAAGCAGUUUAAAGAAAAGUGGGGUUUCUGAUUAUAAUCAGAAAAGUAAUAAUUUGACAGAAGAGGACAAGCAUACAGCAGAUGAUAUGUGGGAAUCAUUGGUUUUAGCAUCACCGCAAAUGGAAGGAAUCAAUGAGAGAGCUGAAGAGUUUAUAGCCAAGUUUCGGGCUGACAUGCAGCAGCAAGAAAUUUUGGCUCGUCGGUUGUAG